ACUCUUGAUGACGGCUGACCACUAUUAAGUCAAACAAAAGCGCUUGCAAUUGAUAGAUAGUUUACAUGGACUAUGGGUAUGCAGCAGAGGAGCCUGCGGGUGAUGCGCCCACGGCCUUCCGCGAGGCCGAAAAGAAGUAUCAACUGUACCGGGAACAACAAAUGAAGAUGAAGAACGGGAAGCUGCGCGCCGGCAAGCUCGUCACACGGCCCACAGACAUGAGCGAGGUGCUUGACCUGCACCCCGAUGCAGCAGGCAAUGGCAGCCUCAACGAGGCGGGAGCCACCUCCUCGAGCGGGCAGUUCACAGCGGACGCGCUGCAGCGGGGGGAGGUGGUGCGACAUGUGGUGCCCGGCUGCCCCGGCGCCGUGUACACCUUCGCCCAGCACGCGGGCCUUGUGUUCCUGCCCGCCGCGCUGCCGGCGCAGCAGCAGGCGGCGCUAGUGGCGGCAGCCCUGGAGGACUACUGCCAGCCGCCUGCCCGCACCAACCACACGCGCCUGUACGGGCCCCUGCCGGGGCUGUGGCGGGCGGCCACGGAGCGCCUGAGGCUCAACUGGACGCGGCGGGUGGAGGAGCCGGCGGCGCCGCAGACUGGAGCCGCGCCCACACGCCGAGUUGCCUGUGAGCGGCGGCCGCCCAAGCCGCACCGCCUGCCUGACUCGACAACAUCAGGAGCAGCGGCAGCAGCUCCCACAGCCCCGCUACAGGAGGCCGUCGGCGCAGCACACCACGCAGCUGCGGGAACAGCGCAAUCACAGGCGUGCGCGGAGCGGUGCCGGAGCCAUGCUGCUGCGCAAGCACCGGGCUGCAGCGCACCAGAGCCGGCAGCACAGGCGCAGUCACAGCCACACACGGAGCCGGCGAGUUGCAGCGGGAGGCCGGGCGCGGACUGCAACGGGUAUCAAGGCGCGACAGGGGGCGAAGACGGCGCCGCGGCCGGGGAAGCGGACCGCACCUGCCGAGGCCGGAGCAGAAGCCGGAGCAGGAGCCGGAGCAUCCGCAGCAGUAGCAGCUGUAGCAGCGGGUCCUGCGCCUCAGGCGCAUUGCUGGCGGACUUUGCGGCUGCAGCGGCGGCGGGGUCGCGGGGCGGAGCAGACGAGGGCGAGGAGGAGGAUGGCGGCGGCGGCUGUGCGGGGCCAAGCUACGAGCAGUGCUGGAGCCGCGAUGGGCCGGGGCCGGCGGCGGAGCAGCUACUGCGCAAGCUGCGUUGGGCCACUCUGGGGCCGCAGUUCGACUGGACGGAGCGGCAGUACGACUUCACCGGGGCGUACAGGCAGCUGCCUCCCAGCCUGUCGGACCUGGCCCGGCAGAUGGCGGCGGUGGUGGACGCACUGCAGGCGGCGGGGAUGCAGCUGAUGCCGGCCGCGGCGGAGGCGGAGGUACCCCAGCAGCCGGCGGCGCCGAGGGUGCAGGCGACGGAGCCGUCGCAAGCCGCGGCCGGGGCGGUGUCGGCAGGGCUGGCACCACCGACCGGCGCCGCGCCGGCGGCCCCUCGGGGCUACGAGCCAGACGCGGCCAUUGUCAACUACUACCAGAUAGGCGACGUGCUGGGCGGUCACGUGGAUGACGUGGAGUCCGACCUGGCGCAGCCCAUCGUGUCCGUCAGCCUGGGCUGCCCCGCGCUGUUCCUCAUGGGCGGCCGCACCAAGGCCACACACCCCAGCGCGCUGCUGCUGCGCGGCGGCGACGUGCUGGUGCUGGCGGGGCAGGCGCGCAGCUGCUACCACGGUGUGCCGCGCAUUCUGGAGGCGGGGGCGGAGCUGGGCGCUGCGGUCGCACCCGCCAGGGCCAAGCGCGUGGCGGCGGCGGGGUGGAGCGGGCUGGCGCCUAGCACACACGAGGACUUCACCCGCACGGCCCGGAUCAACAUUAGCAUCCGGGCUGUGCGAUGAGAUGCGUGAUGGCGGUUAUGCUGAGCUUGAAAUGGCGAUGCGAUGCGUAUGGCAGUUUACCAGUACGCCAGGCAAGGUGCUGUGGAUGCCGACGCCGUGACAGGCCGGGAACCUCCACUCAAAGGAGCAGUCAAGGGAGCAGUGGGCCUCAGUGGAGACAAUGCGCAGUACAGACGUUUGCAGAUCGGCCUCUAUGCCUCUAGCCGCAUCUCCAGCAGGACUCAGUCAGGGUCGGUUUCUGCUGCAGGCGCCGCCAGCCACUUGUCCGUUGUAAACAACACGUCCG